AUGCCCAAAACUUCCAAUCACAUUCCUGCUUCAGAAGAGAUGUCUGCCUUCCUUGGCAACUCAGAAAUGGAAGACAUCAAAUACCGUUAUUUCAAUUCCGUGCAUACCUGGAUGCCUAUUGUGAGCAAGAUUCGGUUGGAGCGCAUCACUAAAUGCGCACCUGGACUUUUAAAAUCAGAUACACUGCUAUUGAUAUUGUGUAUGAAACUCAUCUGCACGCACGACCAAAGCGAAGACAGAAACCUCUACAAUGUGGCUAAGAAACUGAGCCAAGAGCUUGAGCUGAAGGGUUUAAUCACAGUUCGCACAGUACAGGCUGCCCUCAUCCUUUGCGUCUACGAAGUGGGGCAUGCUAUUUUCCCGGCUGCCUUCCUCAACAUCAGCUGCUGCGCGCGACAAGGCGUUGCCCUCGGCCUGCACAAUAAAUUGGCACCUCAGCUAGCCGGUAGUCCCAGAAGUUGGGUAGACUGGGAGGAGAGACAGAGGGUGUGGUGGAUGGUUGUGAUUCUUGACAGGUAUAUUGCGAUCGGCUAUGCUCAUCGACCCUUGUGCACUGAAGAUCCCAAUAAAGACACUCUCCUUCCAGCGAGUGAUAGUGCUUGGGAUGAUGGAGAAAUGAUGUGUCCCGAACGUGUGCUCCUUUCGUCAAAUAGCGAUACACCAGUCAGUGCCUUCGCACGACUAGCGCAGGCAUCCAAUCUACUGGGCCGUGUCAUCAAACAUUGCAACGAAACUUCACUGGAGCUUGGAUUCGUCCUGGACAACUUCGAACGGCUCACACAGACAAUAAUCGCAUUUUUGCAACUAUUGACCACAAGUGAAGACUCAUCUUUGAACUCAUUGAGUACUGCAACCGCAAUCUGCUUCAGGUGA